AUGGCUGACAUUGAGAAACAAUCGGCGACAGAGCCCUCCAAGGGCCCAGCCACGAGGGAAGAUCUCAUGACAAACCCCUUUGUCAAUGCAGACAAGCUAGCUCGCCGCCUGUCCGGGAGACAGGUGCAGAUGAUUGCUAUUGGCGGUACCAUUGGUACUGGUCUGUUCCUCGGAACUGGCUCGUCACUCUCUCAGGGCGGACCUGCUUCGAUGCUGAUUGCAUAUGCGAUCGUCGGUGCUAUUGUCUUUAUCACGAUGCUGUGUCUCGGUGAGAUGGCAGCGUUCAUGCCUGUUGCUGGAUCUUUCUGUACUUAUGCUGGUCGCUUCGUGGAUGAUGCGCUUGGGUUCGCAUUGACCUGGAACUACUGGUUUAAUGAUGCAGUCUCCACUGCUUCGGAUAUAAUUGCAUUGCAGCUCUUAUUGAAGUAUUGGACAGAUAAUUUCCCGGGUUGGGCGAUUAGUUUGAUCUUCUUGGUUGUUGUCCUUGCUUUGAACGUUAUGUCUGUGAGAGUUUAUGGCGAGAUUGAAUAUUGGUUGAGUCUGCUGAAAGUGGUCACCAUCAUUAUCUUCAUCAUUCUUGGUAUCGCCGUGAACUGCGGCGGUAAUACAGACCAUGAAUAUAUCGGCGGCAAAAACUGGCACAUAGGCGAUGCACCCUUCGUGGGUGGCAUUGGCGGCUUCGCAUCAGUGUUUGUCACGGCUUCAUUCGCAUACGGCGGCACCGAAUCCAUCGCCAUCACCGCCGGUGAAACCAAAAGUCCAGCCAAGACAAUGCCUAAAGUCGUUCGCAACGUCUUCUGGCGUAUCGUUUUGUUCUACCUUCUCUCAAUCCUCAUGAUUGGUCUAAACGUCCCAUACAACUACCCCGGCCUCUCCGACGGGGACACAAGAACCAGCCCUUUCACCAUCGUCUUCCAGCAAGCCGGCUCCGCAGUAGCCGGCAGCUUCAUCAACGCCGUCAUUAUGACCUCCGUCAUCUCAGCCGCGAACCAUGCCCUCUUCGCCGGAUCCCGGCUGCUAUUUACCCUUGCUGUGGAUGGGUAUGCGCCCAAAUUCUUCGGCAACCUCAACCGAUACCGCGUUCCGUGGAUUGCUGUCCUUGCCACGUCCGUUAUCAGCGGCCUCUGUUUCGGUGCCAGCUAUAUCGGAGCUGGAAAGCUGUGGUCUUGGCUGCAAAAUAUCGUCGGCGUCUCCAAUCAGCUCUCGUGGAUCUGUAUCUGUCUUGCUUCGCUGCGGUUUCGAGCGGCCAUCAAAUCCCAAGGUAUCGAGCAUCUGCUUCCGUUCAAGAAUUGGACUUAUCCGUAUGGUCCGAUGUGUGCUGUUGGACUCAAUGCCUUUCUGGUACUGGUCCAGGGAUGGAAGUGCUUCAGUCCGCAUUUCAAAGGGGUUGACUUUGUCUCGUAUUAUAUUGAGAUCCCUAUCAUGAUCAUCAUGUUCUUGGCUUGGAAGUUGAUCAAGAGGACUAGCUUUGUCAGGAAGUCCGGAAUGGAUUUGAUCACCGAUCGGUAUGAUCCUUCUCAGGAGGAUGGGGCCGGUGGUGGUCUGGUUACGGAGAGGGCGACAGGGUUUUGGGCCAGAACUCAACAGUUCGGGCAGUGGUUGUUCUUCUGA